AUGGGGCUGAGCACCUGUCUAACAGAGGCCUUCCAUAGGCACUCUCAAUCCAAAUCACCAACGAUGCAGGCAUUGAGAUUUUUCGCCGACGCGCAGCUGGCGCAGGCCGUCAUGCAUGGUACGCAUGGAAAGGUCUUUCAAUCUUUAGCUGAAGCCUUCCUUCUGUCUUUUGUUAGGAGGCUUUGCCUUUCAGAGCUGCAGCCUUCUUGGGCCCUCUUGCGCUAUGAGAGCCUUCGCGGUCUGAAUUAUCGGGCCUGCGGAGAGCCCAAAGUGAACUUCCUUGCUGAGGGGCAAGGCGCUCUUUGUGCAAGGUGUGUGAUGCGGGCCACUGCGCCGAACUGGCAGACGGUCGGAUUUUGA